UAAAUAUAUUGUAUCACAAUUUUUAUUUCAUAUUACAUAAUAUAUAUUAAACUAUUCAAAUAACAGAUUAUGGGGAGAAGAGGUAAUUACUAUUCUGAACCUACUUCAGUGGCUCAUUCAAAAAAUAUUCUGAACCUACUUAUUUAGUGCCUACUGCUUGCAAGGCCAUAGUUAUUUGAACUCAUAAUUAGCUGGAUAAAUUACAUAACCAAUUACCUUACAUAAAGGUAUACCGUGUACCUAUGAAAAAUCAAAUGUAAAUAGGAUGAUAUCAGUUCAACUUUAUGAAAAUCAAUAAAGAUUUAAUAGGUUCAUUGAUUAAGACUUGACGCUUUCCGGCUUUCGAGGAUAUCACAAUAAGGUAUCAGCAUCCAAUUUAUUCAAACAUGAAAUAUCUUUAAAUAGUUGUGGGUGAAUAAAGAAGUGGAGAAGAACAAAAUGAAGUUAAUAUCGUUCGUCGUUGUGGUUUUUUGUGCCUUAGUAAUUGCACAACAAACUUGGUCGUCGGAAAUUCUGGUCAUAUCCCCGACGACUGCUCAGAGUCAUUACCGUGUUGUUCAACCUCUAAUCUACAGCUUAUUGGAUCGCGGACAUAAAAUAUUGGCGAUCACGAAUUUCCCGGAUACUGUGGAAAGAACCAAUUUAUCACACAUCGACAUUUCCGGAUUGAAACCGCACUCGAAAUUGAAGACCACCAACUUCGGACCAAUUAAUUUUAUGUUACGUGUAAUUAAAAACGCCGACAUAUAUGCGUCUAUUAUCAAUCAUCCGCCAGUUGUGAAACUCCUACAGUCCGGUCGAAAAUUCGAUUUGGUGAUUGUCGAAUUUUUUACAUCAACACCAACAUUUGCACCGAUUGCUGCAGUUGUAGACGCACCGAUUAUUGGUUAUUGUCCAAUGAUCACAUUUCCGUGGAUACACGAUCUGAUGGGAAUGGAGACGACCAUGUCUUACAUGCCUUCUUACGCAAGUAGUUCCGGGGACCAUAUGUCAUUUUUCCAGCGAAUCAGAAAUACAAUUAAUUGGGUAUAUAUUGAUAUAAUGUUUCAAUUAAUUUACAACUUCAAAAUUAAGGACAUUAUCAAACAUCAUUAUGACAUACAAAUGGAAUCAGUUAUAAAAUCGUUGGCUAAUUUAAGUAUGAUUAUGACAAAUAACUAUCAUAGCGUGUUUCUACCCAGUCCCGCACUGCCAGGAAUUGUCGAGGUUGGCGGUAUUCAUGUAGUCGACGAAAAGCCUGUUCCGCAAGACCUGAACGAUUUUAUUAAUAAUGCAGAUUAUGGUGUGAUUUUAUUCAGUUUGGGCUCUGUUGUGUCAGAAGCAUCGUUGAGCGCGGACAAAUUGUACAACAUACUCGAUGCAUUCUCGAAACUUAAACAAAGAGUUAUUAUGAAAUUUGAUGCUGAAAAACUCAAAAUACAGUCACCAAUGAAUGUAAAAGUGGUCAAAUGGUUCCCACAGCGAGAUCUUUUAGCGCACCCAAAGGUAUUAUUAUUUAUAACACAUGCUGGUGCGAUGAGUGUAAUCGAAACAAUACACUGCGGUGUACCAGUAGUAGCUAUACCAAUAUUUGGCGAUCAAUUUUUUAAUACCCAUUUGUUGAUCGAAAAAGAAGUGGCUGUGGCUAUAGAAUACAAACAUUUGGAUAGUGAUCAACUUUUCAACGCUAUUAAUAAAGCAUUGACCGAAAAAUAUAUGAUUAACAUGAAAAAAUUACAACAAUUGUAUCAUGAUCGACCGCAUUCACCUCUCGAAACAGCAGUAUACUGGACUGAGUAUGUAAUAAGAAAUAAGAAUGAAUCGAAAGAAUUGUUAAAAAGCCAAAAGAUUCACUUAAAUUUUUAUCAAUCGUAUUUAAUUGAUGUAUUUACUGUUCUUCUCCUCCCACUUAUUAUAGCAAUGUACAUUAUACUGAGUGUAAUAAAAAAUUUAAGGAAGCAUUAAGUGAAUAAUUAUAUUAAUUGUUUUAAAAG